AUGGCGACCGCCGAACCGAGUCCUUCCCAGCCUGAUGAAGAUGGAGCUGAGCAGACCGGACAGGAGAUUGUGAGCCCAGAGGCCUACAUCAAACACCCGCUCCAGAACAGAUGGUCUCUGUGGUUCUUCAAGAAUGACAAGAGCAAAACAUGGCAGGCCAACCUGCGACUCAUCUCUAAAUUUGACACAGUUGAAGAUUUCUGGGCUCUCUACAACCAUAUCCAGUUGUCAAGCAACCUAAUGUCAGGCUGUGAUUACUCGCUUUUCAAGGAUGGCAUUGAACCCAUGUGGGAGGAUGAGAGGAACAAGCGUGGCGGGCGCUGGCUAGUUACACUCACCAAGCAGCAGAGGAGAUUAGACCUGGACCGCUACUGGCUGGAAACUCUGCUGUGCUUAGUCGGAGAGGCCUUUGACGACUACAGCGAUGAUGUCUGCGGAGCCGUGGUCAACGUCCGCACAAAAGGGGAUAAAAUAGCCGUCUGGACGUCAGACUACGAGAACCGCGAAGCUGUAACGCACAUAGGGAGAGUUUACAAGGAACGCUUGGGGCUUCCCGUGAAGAUGACUAUUGGUUACCAGUCUCAUGCAGACACCGCUACCAAAAGCGGUUCAACCACCAAGAACAAAUUUGUUGUUUGAGAAAGCCCUUAUGUGCCUCUUUUCAUUUUCUUGUCUUAUUUUGUUGUUGGUGCACAUGUUUACUUUGCUGCAAAAGACUCUGCGGAAUGCAAUCUGGAAGGAAAUAAAGAGUUCAUGCCAAAUGUUGCCAUAACCUGCCCAGGAACUUCUACCACAGGAAAAAAGAAAUGCUAUGGAAAACAGAUGAAUGCAAAAACUUCCACAAACACUAAUAAUGAGAGGUAUUAAUAGUGGGUGUCAUUUAGAGUGCUUCAUUUUGUACUAAACAAAAUCGUUCUGAUUUUAUAUUUUUAUUUUGCGAAUGGCAGGGAAUCAGAAAAUGUAUAUUUCUCACCUGUUUUACAGCAUCGUUGGUUUGGCUGUAAUCCUUAUUGACAUUAAACUCUUUUAAUUUAUUAUAUUAAUUUGCUUGCAUAUUAUUAGAAUGUUAGACCUUCGUUUUAUGCUUUUUUUUUUGCUUUUUUUUUGCCUUGAGCCAUUGCACGUAAUCCACCUUUUUAAAGUGUUUCAUGACAUAUAUUCAUUUGAGUGUUAAUAUAAUUAAAACAUUGGUUUUGCAAUUAUUAACUGUUAAAUUGUGGAUUAUUUUGUUGCUUUCUGUAAGUGGUACAUUCCUUGUUAUAAACGCUUUACUAAUUGA